AUGCUGACCAUCGAUCAGAUAGAGAAUGAUAAACGCAAGAAUAAACCCGUCUGUACAUUCUGCAAAAGGAGGAAAAUUAAAUGUGAUAGAGGUGAUCCCUGUUCAUCAUGUGUAAGAUUCGAUAAUAAGAAUUGUUUUUAUUUAUCACCAGAACCAAGAAUUAAUAAGAAACGUGCACCAAAAAGUUCAAAACAAAAUUUAGAACAUGAAUUAGAAGUUUUAAAACUGAAAUUGGCGACUUUAGAGAAUACCGUACAACCUAAUAAUUUAUCAACGGAUAAAAUUUCAUUCAAAAAUCCUACAAACUUGGAUUUCUUACCACUUGAUGCUGCUGAUAAAGUUAGAGUAGGUAAUCCCAGUAAUUUAUUCAAUCAAGAAUUCGUUGAUAACAUCAGAAAUAAUUUGAAUGAUAUACAGAAAGUUCAUUUUGAUAACGAUUUUAAUCAAUUAAUGGCUUUAGUAGGUGAUGAUGCUGAAUUUAGUUUAUUUGAUUGUGAUCCACCUAUUGCUGAUCAUGGGCCGGUUUCAAGAAGAAAUUUCGGAAUUUUAGCUUGGAAAGCUAGUUUCGAUCGUGAUCCUUGUCUUAAAUUAAUUCUUAAAUACAUUAAACGUAGUCCUAAAAGAGAUCACUUAUUCAAGGUCAAAAAUGCUAAUGAUAAAUUUAAUUAUACUAAAUUCAGAUCAACAUUGAAUUCAAAUGCUGAACCAAUAAAAGAAGAGAAAGAUUCUGACAUUGAUGCUGAUAUGGAUUCUGGUUUCCGUUGUGACUUCACAAAUACUAUACCUGUAAAGAUUGAUCAACCAGUGUCCGAAGUUAAUCAUCCUCUUCCAGGUAUGAAUUCCCAAAAACUAGGUUUGAGAUUCGGUGAUGCUAGGAAUGAAAAACUCACUUUACUAUCAACCAUAGAAAAUAAUUUACCCAAUGAAACAAUUAUUUGGAACCAUAUCGAUAAAUUUUUUGAUAAAUUUUAUGGUUAUUUACCUAUUUUGGACGAAAUCGAAUUCAAAACUCAAAUUUCAAGACUUAUUGAUAGGAAAAUCCCCGAAGAUUCUGAUUAUUCCAUUCUUAGUAAAGAAAAAAUCAAAUUAUCUUUGAAUAAUAAAACAGAUUUUACUUAUCUUGGUAUACUAUUGAUCAUCUUAAGAUUGGGUUAUUUAUCCCUCAUACCUACAAUCAAUGCAAAUGCAAAUUACUUUGAUCAGUUAAGUGAAAUAGACAAAAUGUUAUAUGAAAAUACCAUUGAUAUGGAUAUUGUUUUCAUAUCACAUAAUUGUUUGAAUCAAUUCAACUUAUUUGGAUCAGUUAAUAUUCCCAUAUUACAAUUGGCAAUGGUUAUAAGGUUUUAUCAAAUUUAUGCUCCGGAAAAUGGAGAUGGUCCAGAUCAUGGAGAUGCCCAAGUUUUGAAUUCAACUUUAUUUCAAAUGGCAUAUUCUUUGGGUUUGAAUAGAGAUCCAUCAAGAGUUGAAUCGAUGAAAAAUGAAAAAUUCAAUAAUUUAUCAAGAAAAAUAUGGUAUUGUUUAUUGUUGUUGGAUUUAAAUCAUUCUCUUGAAUAUGGUGAUCCAUUAAAUGCCAAUAAAUUCACUUUCGAUACAAAAUUACCUUAUUACACCGAUGAGAAUUCAAAUUUAGUUAAUUCUAAUAGAGAAAUGUUCAUCAUCGAUUGUUUCCAAAUUUUAAAAGUUCUUUAUGAACCAGUAACUCAAUUUGUGAAUGAAAUUAUUGAUGUCAAUGGAACAAUUAAUAGUGUUCAAUUUUGUAAAAAAAUUCAUUAUUUGAAGUAUAAAGUGUUCUCGUUGAAUAGUGUUUUGAAUAAUAAGAAUACUUCAUUUGUAGCCAAUAUUGUUUCAAAAAAUAUCAAACAUAUUUAUAAAACUAAGAUUGAAUUACAAUUUGGCCAUUUCAUUUGUUCAUUAUUCUUUUCCCUUUUCAAUCAUUUCGAGGCUCGUAAACAAUAUGAUUUAGCUUUUUAUUAUUUACACAGAUUUUUAGAAAAAAUCUUGUUAAUAAUGUUCCCUGUUUACUUGGAAUUAUUCAGUUUACAAGGAUUAGAAAGUUCCAUAGAUUUCGUUUUAAUUCCAGGUAUUGAAACAAUGUUGCACAAGGGAUUGAUGUUCAUUGAAUCUUUAUUAAUAAGAAUCAAAAUUACUGUCAUAAAUUAUUGUUCCGAUCCAAAUCAUCCAACUUUAAUGGCUAAUGAUGAAAAUUAUAGUAAAAGAUUCAAAAAUUUCAGUAAGUUAUUCCUUUAUUUGGAUGAAGUUGCUAGUAAUUUCAUCUCUAUAGCCCAUGCUUUUAGUAAAAAAUAUUAUUAUGGUUGGUUAAUUGCUAGAAUGAAUCAAGUUUUCAUUGAUACUUUAAAAUCAAAAACUUUCAGGACCAAUAUUUACGUCGAGAAGAUGGAAUUCCCAUUGUUGGACGAUAAUUUUAAGGUUCAACAACUUGUAGGAAUUUUAGAACAAUGUCUUAUCAAAAAGAAGAAAUUUGAAAGUGAAUUGAAAGAUCUCGAUAAUGAUUUCCAUGCAGAAGUAGUAGAAGAUGACAUGAUGAAAGUCGAUGAUCAAAAUGUUUAUGGUAGUGAUACUGCUUAUUCAUCAAGCUCCAACACAAACUCAGAUCCUUCUACUGAUAAUGGUAAUAGUAGAUUUCAAUUUUCUCAUGCUGAUCUCGAGCCUUCAAAACUAGAUAAUCAAUCUGAAAAUAAAGAACCUUAUUGGUUUGAUAAUCCGCCUAUUGAUGUAGCUACAGAUUUGGACCAAAACUUCAUGUUUACCACUCCCGAUUCUGAUAUUUUUGAGACUACAUCAUCUACCAAGUCAAGGAGUAAUAAUAUUAGUAGUGUUUCGGAUGUUUCUAAUAAUGUUGAUACUCUUUGGUUGAAUUUGUUAUCGAGAAAAGGUAAACAAGAUGACUUGACUGAACUUAAUGAUGCGGGAUUUAAUACUGGAAAUGCAAAUGUUGAACAGUAUGAUAUGCAAGAUAAGGAUUUCAAUGGUGGUUCAGGAUUAACUCCACUUUUUAAUAUUGGAACACCAAAUUUCAAUAACCUUGACGUGGAACAAGUUGCUGAUAUCCGUACACCGAAUGGUUUCAAAGACAAUGAUUUUGUCACAUCCUUCGUAAUGGAUGAACUCUUCAAAGAUAUAAAUAAGUAA